AUGUCUGUUCCCCAUCAUCUUUGGGGGCAUGCUGUUCUGUCUGCUGCCUAUUUGAUUAAUCGUACUCCUAGCCAGGUUCUUGAUUUCAAGACUCUACAUGAUGUGUUUGGUAACCAUGUUUCCCCUGUCUCCGUCUCCAAGUUGACCCCUAAUGGGGAUAGGGGGAGUGAAUUGGAGAGUCUUGGAUUGGAGAAUCUUGGACUUGAAUUGGAGAAUAAUGUGUUUGAAGAUACUGCUUUCGAGAAGGAACGACCGGUAUCACUGAAUGACAGUGAUUCUUAUAUGGAUGAGAUCGAUGCAAUACCCCCCUCUGCCCUGCCAGUGCCCCAAUCUACUAGUGAUAGUGAAUCAAGUGAGCAUAAGGCUGAUGGUUCCAUUGACCGUUACAAGGCUAGAUUGGUAGCAAAGGGUUAUACUCAGACCUAUGAAAUGGAUUAUUUGGAGACUUUUGCUCUAGUGGCAAAGCUUAAUACUGUGCAUGAGGAGAUUUACAUGGAUCUCCCUCUUGGUAUUCCUGUAACCUCUAAGGAGGGUGUUUCAUCAUCUAUGAAGAAAUUUGGGUAUGUGCAAAGUAACUCAGACCAUACUUUGUUUCUAAAGCGUCAUAAAGUGAGUGUAGUGAGCCAGUUUAUGCAUUCUCCUAGUGAAGAUCAUAUGGGUGCUAUGAUGCGCAUUUUGAGACGUUCUGCGUCUGAGUAUUUCAAUUUGUUGGUGGAAAUCUUGUUAUUUGGAGGAGUAAAAAGCAAAAGUUGGUGUCUAGGUCUAGUGCUAAGGCCAAGUACCGUAGGAUGGCUCAAGAUGUGUGCGAGUUAUUAUAGUUGA